UGCAGUUUUUAGCACUUCCGCAUUGGACUCAUAUUUUUAGACUGGAGGUUGCAGCUUGGGUUAAACAUUGAUUAUGACGUUAUUAAUCUCUCUGGUGGUAUGAUUGCUGAACAGGACAAAAUGAGCAUCCUGCUUACAGGGUAUGAGCUGUUUUUAAGUGAAUUUCAUAACAAAGCAUGAACUGAAUGAAUGCACAGCUACACCUCCCAGUUUGAGACACCAAAAGUGAAAAAGGGGGACUAUAAGUUACAUGAACCACAUCUUUAGUUUGUGAAAUCUCUUAGAGGAAACGUAACAAGGUGUUGAGCUAAUUCAAAGUUCUCCAUCACCCCAGCAGGACAAAUUAUUCCAAACAAACCAACACAAGUUCAGAAACUAACUCGAGUAUCAGCGCGUCACAGAGGUGUCCCUUUUUUCGCAGUCAGGUUAGCCUGCAUACUCCCACGUGUGCCAGCAUUAGUCACAUCUCGUUAAUUUUCCCAUGCCUCGUGACGGAAUCAGGUCGCGUAUAAAGGCGGUACCUGGCCAGCGCGAGGCACAGGACCAGCGACCGACCUGAGGCGCGCGCCAGCUGUGCAGAAAAAGAAACCCGACUGCAAACAGAAAAUGAACCCGAGUAUCUGCGUCUGCUGUGCCUCUCUGCUUUUGCUGCUUAACUUUGUAGGAGCCAAACCUGUCUCUGAUCUACAGACUUUGAAGCAGCUUUUAGAAGAGGAGCUCAAUAACGCGCCGUUUUAUUCCUCCUCAGAGGAGAUGGAUGCUGAGGGGAAAGAUGCAAACACAGAUAAGUCGCUGUUCGGAGCUCCAGAGGAGCAUCCUUGGGACUCCUCCGACCCCAGCAACUCAGCUCUGCAGGCGGCCAAAGAAAACGUCCUCGCACGUCUCUUCAAGGACCUGAUGCGGACCUCCAAGCGCUCGUGGAGCCGGUACAAGAAGGGAGGAAUGAGGAGCUGCUUCGGGGUCCGGUUAGAGAGGAUCGGCUCCUUCAGCGGGCUGGGAUGCUGAAGAUGAUCGUGUGAUCUCCUCAUCAGAGCUCCUUGCCCUCACUGAGCUGGCUGACACUUUACAGGGCAGGAACUUCUUCACUCUCCUCAGAUUCAGGACUGUGAUUUCAGUUUUUCAGUUUGUGAGCUGCUAAAUUAUAAUAAAUUAUUGUACAUGUAUUUAUUAUUUAUUAUUUAUUCUUGUCGGAUGAAUAGUGUUGCUUUGUUAUUAUAGAUUGUUCUGCAGUAAAAUAUUUAUUUUGCAUAAUA